AUGGCCACUGCGCAGCUGCAGAGAACGUCCAUGAGCGCCUUGGUGUUUCCCAGUAAGAUAUCAACUGAGCAGCAGUCUUUGGUGUUAGUGAAGAGGCUUCUAGCAGUUUCGGUCUCCUGCAUCACCUACUUGAGAGGAAUAUUUCCAGAAUGUGCUUAUGGAACAAGAUACCUGGAUGAUCUUUGUGUCAAAAUUCUGAGAGAAGAUAAGAACUGCCCAGGAUCUACACAGCUAGUGAAGUGGAUGCUAGGAUGCUAUGAUGCUUUGCAGAAAAAAUACCUAAGGAUGGUUGUUCUAGCUGUGUACACCAAUCCUGAAGACCCUCAAACAAUUUCAGAAUGUUACCAGUUUAAAUUCAAGUAUACCAUUAAUGGACCAAUCAUGGACUUCAUAAGUAAAAACCAAGCCAGUGAACCCAGCAUGUCAUCUGCUGACACCAAGAAAGCGAGUAUUCUCCUCAUUCGCAAGAUAUAUAUUCUGAUGCAAAAUCUGGGGCCGCUGCCUAAUGAUGUUUGUUUGACCAUGAAACUGUUUUACUAUGAUGAAGUUACACCUCCAGAUUACCAGCCUCCUGGCUUUAAGGACGGUGAUUGCGAAGGAGUGAUAUUUGAAGGGGAACCUAUGUACUUAAAUGUGGGCGAAGUCCCCACACCUUUUCACACCUUUAAAGUAAAAGUGACCACUGAGAAAGAACGAAUGGAAAAUAUUGAUUCAACCAUAUUAUCACCAAAACAUUUAAAAACACCACUUCAAAAAAUUCUCAUGGACAAAGAUGAUCUAGGAAAUGAACAGGAGCAUUACGUAAGUGAUGAUUCUGACAUUGAAACUAAAAUGGAAGGGCAGAGAAAAACCCAUGGAUGUUGUGAAACCAGAGAACCAGAUUUAGUUUUUGAGGAAGAUGAAGUGAAAUUUAAAGAAAGUUCUGGUUUUUCUGUUUCUCAUUCUCAGGUUGAGCAGUUAGUCAGUAAAACAUCUGAACUUGAUGUGUCUGAAAGCAAAACAAGAAGUGGAAAAAUCUUUCAGAAUAAAAUAGCUAAUGGAAAUCAACCAAUAAAGCCUUCCAGAGAAAAUCGGAAGAGAAGUCACUUCGAAUCUGGGAAAACGGUCCUUCAUCAUUUUGAUUCUUCUAGUCAAGAGUCAGUACCAAAAAGAAGGAAGUUUAGUGAGCCCAAGGAACAUAUAUAA